AUGGACCCAAGUUGUAAGAGGCGUAUCGGCUACAUCUGUGCCCCUUUCUAUGGAUGUUUUUGUGUGAGCGCUUUGACCUCAGCGUCACACCUCGCCCUCUUUCCCCGAUUCAUGUUGAUGUUGCCACCACGGAGGGGGACGAGUCUGAAGAGAAGGUGAUCGAGGCCUGUAGGGGGAAACGCUGGCUCCAAGCUAACGGACAUAAGUGGUUCAAAAUGAGCGAGAUUGACUAUAAGAUGGUUUCCCUCGAUGGGUUCGUAUGGAGGCCGUACACGCAGGUUGUGUCUCACGCAAUGCCAUUCUGUGUCGGCAUUUCGGUUCCAAAAGGCGGCGAUCAGCAAUGCUGGGGUCAAAUACCUUGAUCGCACCGGCGAGGCUCAGUUGGUUGUUUACCAUCUAGACCGGGUGCUCUAGCAGUUUGGUUACUAUGAAAUGGGCGCCCGAUUCUUGCAGUCCUCAGGAAAGAUGUUUUCUAGGUCUGACGCCAUGACCUUGCAUUUCCUGGCUGUUCACGAUUCCCUAUUGCAGGGUAUUUGAGGGUAUAAGUCCCUCCAUUUUGCCUAUCUUUGCGCGUUGUUUGGGGAUUUUCAAAUGUUGAUGAGAACAAACCCUCACCUGCGCCAAAGUCUUAGUUCCUCUUGAAGAUCAUGCUACCAAGCAAGGUGAGAGUCCAACUGCUCCUACAUCGCACCCCCCCAAAAAAAGUGAGCACAAAACAUGAGCAGAAGCGCCCGAUUUUAGAGGAGGGAGAGAGUAGCCAUCCUCCUGUGGCGAAGAGGCCGAGGUCAGCAAGAGUGCCUCGCCCAGCUCAGCCAUCAGUUGUACCACAACUUGCUGGCUCAGACAUGGCUUCAUCGCAAACACGGGAAUGUUGGACUAAGGCCAUGCAAGAGCCCCCUGCUCCAACACCCAAGGAGAAAGAUCGCUCUGACGUAGAAUCAGCGCAGUCAACAAUUGUUGUCCCUCCCAAGAAGGUUACUUGUGUCCGUUUCUCAAGUGGACGCGUGAAGAAGAUGGCUCCCCGACCUCAGAAGAGGGGGCCAGAAGGAGAAGACUCGUUUAUGGAGACCAACGAUGUUCCACUGGAUUCCUUGUGAGAUGGACCCAUCUACUAUGCCAGUCCAGCCGGUCAUCACUGUUACAAGAAGUACAACCAUCGCAGCCCCCAAUCAGGGCCAGGAGGCUGCUGAAAAUGCUGGCGUUGGUGGUAACGCUCCAGCUGCCGUGGCACAAGAAGAAGAAGAUCCUAUGGGAGCAUCUGAACCUCUCGUAUCUAGAUCGCAUUGGAGCAAUGUUGAAGUGCGAGAGACCCCUACUGUCGUGGUGUGAGUUGAGGCACCGUGUGAAACGCCAGUGCCGGAAACUCAUCGCGAGGAGGCCUCCACUCUUGCUGCCGCUGUCGAGGCCAAAGUUCCCACACUAACCCAGAGAUCCAGAUUGAGGAAGAGGCCGAAGCCCCCGCUGACCCGGAAGUCCAGCCUGAAGAUGAAAUCACAAGAUCGGGGGUGGUGUCACUGGUUGAGGGUUGUCGUAUGAUGAGGAGCUUGCUCUAGUCCAGGAGGAGCUCACGGAGUAUUGCAACAAGAACAACAUUAUCUCCUUGGGCUACGAUGUCGUAAACCCCAUGCAUAUCCAGGGGCUUCAUAGGAUUGGCUGGUAUUUUGUGUCAAGCUUAGUGGCGAAAUUUGCUGCAGUCAUCAUCCACAGUGGUUUGUUACCACCUGCUGCCCUUUCCCCGAUGGUCGUAGGGCCAGCCCUUAAUACUAUUGCGACCAUGAUGGACUGCAUCAUGAACUAACCCUACGAUGAACUCUCAUGGUGAGAUUUUGCUCGGUGGCUGAAGACUUGUGAGUGUUUUUCUAUUAUGGGCUUCCAUAUGAAGCAGAUUGAGGAACGUGUUAUCAUGUUAGCCCAUUCAUUCCGGAAGGUUGGUCUCGGGGUGUCGUAGUCCGUGUUUGGUCAGUCGCUGAAGGAUGUGCGCAUCCGUCUAAGAAUGGUCAA